ACUGCCUGGCCUUUAUCGAUUCGAUUGCUCUUCAGCUUUCUCAUUGGCUCAUACAAAACAAGGUUUUCUUGCUAGUAUUUUUGAACUUCGCUUCUGGCCUUUGUUGUUGGAUCAAUGCCUUCCGCUGACUCUCCACAGUGGCAAGAGAAGGCUGGUGAUUUCUUUUCUUCAUCAGGGGUGAAGCUUAAACAGGCUGGGCAAUCAGCAGGAACAUUAGUUGGGGAAGUUGCAAAGGAUGCCAAAGGUAAUGUUGCUGAUGUGGCAGAACGAGUUGGUUCAAUGUUCAAAAGCCGAUGGUCACUUCUUCAGCAGCCAUCAACCAGACAUGCUGUUCAGGAACGUCUUAUAACUGCUGCUGCUACAACUGGUACACUUUUGAGGAGAAGUUUCUCGGAAACAAAAGACAAGGUUGCUGUUGGGAAGACAAAAGUUGAAGAGGCCGCAAAAAAAACUGCACAGAAAAGCAAGACUAUUUUGACUGAUAUUGAACGUUGGCAGAAGGGAGUUGCAAGCACUGAUGUAUUUGGAGUCCCCGUUGAGCUUAUUGUACAGCGUCAAAAAUAUAUCAAGCCCAUUCCAUACAUUUUGGUCAGAUGCGCAGAUUACCUGAUAUUAUCAGGACUAAACUCACAGUACUUGUUUAAAGCUGAGGGGGAUAAAAAGGUCAUUCAGCAGCUGGUUUCUAGCUACAAUCAAGAGUACAAUGCUUCACUGCCGGAGGGUGUAAAUCCAAUUGAUGUGGCCGCUCUAGUAAAAUACUACCUUGCAAGUCUACCUGAGCCACUGACAACUUUUGAACUUUAUAACGAUAUAAAGGAUGCUCGUUCUAGCAUAUAUACAAUGAGAAACAUCCUGAAGAAGCUUCCCAGUGUAAACUACAUGACACUAGAGUAUAUUACUGCACUACUGCUCCGUGUUAGUCAGAAGUCUCUUGUUAACAAGAUGGAUGCUCGUAGUCUUGCCAUGGAAAUGGCCCCUGUUAUUAUGUGGCAGAAGGGUCGCAAACCGGAAUCCUAUAGGCAAUAUUGGAGUCAUCCAUCUAGAAGUCCUUCAAAGAAGAAUAUGGAGACAGCAUCUGAUUACAGUGGUUGGGACAUGCUUGCUGAUGAGAGCGAAGUUAUGGAUGCAUCCUCUCCCAUUCCUUUGGAUGAUGGCAUGCCAGUCGACUUCGGCGCUAUUGAGGUUGUUCAGUGCCUCAUAGAACAGCACAAUGCGAUCUUCACAGAUGCAAAUGAGACUGUUUGGAGGUGAGUUGGAUUCAACCUGUUUCCAGAUGCCCCACCGAAUUCAUCAAGCUGGGAAGUGUCCAGUGCUACCUGAGUGAAUUCUGAGAUUGUGAGUGUGUAAAUCGUAGUCCAUAGAACCUAUAUUCAAAAUUAUUUUGUCAAUAUUUGUUGGUUUUGGGAUGGGAGCUGAUGCUUGAAGCAAUAAGAUUUGUAAUAUUUUACCCUUCUGCUUUUGUGAAAAGUUGAGUGGUGGUUAGAUUGUCGUUGAA